UUUCCAUCUCUCCUUCUCUGCUUCAUCCCUCUUUCGCUCCAGCAUCGCUUGUGUCCGUCGUUUGGCCUUACUGUCUAUCCAUAAAUCGCUCCCGAUUCUUCAUUCGCCUUCUCUGCUAUCGACACUGCCAUCGACACUGCCAUCGACACUCCAUCUCCCGCACAUUCCACCAUGGGCAAGGCUGGCCGCUUUGUCUGUAUCAUCUUCCCAUAUGCAUUCACCGUCGCCACUUUAAUAUGCAUUAUAGUGCUGGGACUGGGUUGUACAGAUUCCCAUAACUCAACUCUCUCAGACAUAUAUAUGUUCCGACUCGACCUACAGAAUUUCACAAGCUCGUCAAAAACUACCGAUGAAUUUUCCAAUCUCCUCAAGGGAAUCGGCGCAGAUGACAAAAACCAGAACCUCACCCAGGUGUUGGAAGAAGCCAAGGACCAGCUGAAUAUCAAGGACUUCUACUCGAUCGGAUUGUUGGGCUACUGUGAUGGCAAUAUCACCGGGAAGCACAGCGAAAACUUUGACACGACGUUCUGUUCUAAGCCCAAGGCCGAUUUCUGGUUCAACCCCAUCGAAGUCUGGCAGUUGUCCAACAUUACUGGCGCCGAUGAAUCUGAGCUCGAGGAUCUCCUCCCCAGUGACCUGCACAAGGACAUGAAUGCCUAUCGUGCUGCGUCGAAAUAUGUCUUCAUCGCCUUCUGCAUUGCCUUUGCUGCCACUAUCCUCGAGCUUUUCGCUGGUAUUUUCGCCGUUUGCAGCCGCUGGGGCAGCUGUGUGACCUACAUUCUUGGAGGGAUCGCCGGUCUCUUCCUCAUUUCUGCAGUUAUCGUCGCGACAGUCCUGACCUCUAUCGUCACCCAUGCCAUCCAAGAAAAUGUCCAGGACUACGGUAUCACCGCCACAUUCGGUACCCACUUCCAGGUCGUCGCCUGGCUCGCUGUUGCCUUCCACCUUCUUGCCGAUACAUUCUGGAUGUUCAGCAUCUGUUGUUGCGGCGGAAACGCUCGUCCCCACCGUGUUACCGCCGAAAAGGCUCCGUAUACCUACGAGUCAUUGGGUCCGUACGACCAUUCCCGUGGACAUGGAAACAAUUAUCCGAUGCAGGAUAUGAGAACCAGUGCCUACGAACCGUACCGACACGUUUAGAGAAGGGUUCGAACCUUUUAUUUUCCGCCCACUAUCCUUUUUCCCGAAUACCCGAACCGUUCCUCUUUAAAAUGAGCGAAAAAAAAUAUCACUCAUCGGAUCCCCUUGUUUCCGCAUUUCCUCUUUCCAACCUGGGAAUUUGCAAUUUGUUUUCCCUAUUUACCGUUUCCAUGGCGCAUGUAGAAUGGGUUUCAUUUCUCGGUGGUUUUUAUAUGGUUUUUCCUUUUUCCCUUGUUGUUUUACUAUUGCGCUGUUCCAAGGGGCUUUUUUAUUUGUUUUAUGAUGACUCGCAUUGGAUUUACGUUACGGCCUAUUUAUUAAAUGGGGGAGGGGGGUUUUAUCGAUGCUUUACGCAAUAUGAUUUAUGUGUGAUUUCGAUUAGCUAGAUAUCAUAUAUUUACUCCGUAUAUCUGGAAUAUAUCGGUUAUUACUUGAGGUA